AGCGGCAGCUCGACCGGCAGCCAUGGCGCGCGCUUUCGUGCGCUCCAUCUCCUUCCCUCUCAGCCCCUCGAGGUCUCCCAAGGCGCGCGCUCCGUCGUCGUCGUACCACGGGCGGUCCGUGAGCCUGCCGUGCCGGUCGCAUCCGAUUCUGGCGCACCUCCACACCCACAUCCGCGCGGUGCGCGCCUGGUCGCAGCAGGGCCUGGCAGCGUUGGUCUCCUCCGUGGCCGCGGGGCUCGCGCACGUCGACGCGCUCCACGCCGCGCUUGGCGACCUGCUCGACCUGCCCGAGGCCCAGGACGCGCUCUCCGGAGCCGGUGGCAGCGUCUGUUAGAAAUAAACCACCGUCGACCGCCUCCUCGACUCCUUCCUCCGCCUUGCUGACGCGCACGGCUGCUUCCAAGAGACCGUAGUGGCGCUCAAGCAGGACGUCGCCGGGGCGCUGACCGCCGUGCGCCGCCGCGACGGGGCGCGCCUGGCGUCGGCCGUGCGGACGCAGCGCUGGGCCGGCAAGGAGCUCGCUGGCCUUGCCGCUGCGGCCAGGGAGUGCGCCGUCAGGCCAUCGCGACUGAGUAUCCUCGGCGGAGGCCAAGGCAGCGCUGCGGAGGUCGAGGUGACCGGGCUGCUGAUGGAGUCUGCAGCGGCCACGGCGUCGGCGUCUGCCGCGCUGUUCGCGGCCGUGGCGGCCAUGUCCGGGUCCGUGGAGGCGGAGUCGUGCUCAUGCAAGGGCACGGCGGCGCUGGUGUGCCUGGUGAAGAAGAGCAAGAAGUCGUCGGCGCCGGGGUGUGGGGAGGAGGGGAUCGCCGUGGCGGCCGUGGCGGAGAGGCUGGAGGAGCUGGAGGAGUGCAUCGAGGAGCUAGAGGCCGGCAGCGAGAAGGUGUUCCGGAGCCUCGUGCAGACCAGGGUCGCCCUCCUCAACAUCCACACCCUGCACAUCUUCUAACUUUACGACUACCAUCCAUCUUAGCUGUACUAGUGAAAUUAGUGGCAGCAAUCCCGUGUAACUGUAAAUAAGCUUCCUCCGUUGCAAAAUAUAGUGAUUCCUCUA